AUGCGGGUGCUCGCUCUCGACGUGGCGUCAAUCGAGCUGGUCGAGCUCGGAGUGCUGACGAGAGCGAAGGCGGAGUUGCUUCCGCUCGUUCGUGUACAGGUCAGCGGCCACUGGGCCAGUGUCGGCGUGGACAUCGCCGACGAGGAGGUGGACAGCAUCGCCUUAUCGGCGUUGCAGCUGGGCGCCGUGGAUGUGGCAGAGGUGCACUCGCCGCAUCGGUUCUCGGCGCGAGCGGCGGAGUUCCAGCUGCGCCCGGGCUUCGCGGCGGACCUGGAGGAACUCAAGGAGGACGGGACGCCGUGGGACUUGCGGCGACCCGAGGACAACAAGGAGCUCGAGGAGCUGCAGGAGCGGAUGGAUCCCAUCCUGCUUACGGGGUCCCCUCCAUGCGAGAAGUUCAGCUUGCUGAGGGGCCUGAGCGCCAAGUUCAGGACCGAUGAGCAGGAGGCGGCUGAGAUGGAGGAGGCCAGUCACCACCUGAAGGACAUCGUCAAGGAGCUGGUCGCGCAUCCAGGAGUCUUCACGGUCAAAGGCCCCAUGUGUCGGCGGGGCAUGAAGCUCACGAACCCACGCAGUGGCCAGGAGGAGUUCGUGCGCAAGGAGACCGGGUGGGUCACCAACCACCCAGGCUUGGCUCGGAGACUGCAGGGCACUUGCAGCAAUGUGGACGGACGCGCGGAGUGGCAUCGCCACAUCACGCUCGCGGGCGGCAUCGCGCGGUUCGCGAAGGUCUAUCCACCGAAGUUGGUGGAGGCGGUGCUGGAGGAGCUCAAGGACACGCUGAACGACGUGGGGGAGCUCAGCACCGCCCAGGUGCAGCAGUCGGGCCCAGUCCCGGUGGACGCGGCGGUGCCGCCCGGGGACUGGACGAGCUACUGGGACGACGUCAACGGCGGCUACCUGGAGGCAGGCCUUGUGGCCCAGGCUCGCGCGGUCGAGCGCGAGUGGGUCAAGAAGCAGGAGCUGAUCGAGAUCGUCCCGAGGUCUCAGGCUUUCGCUGAGACUGGGCGUCCGCCCAUCCCACUCAAGUGGGUCGACACGAACAAGGGCGACGCGGAGAGGCCCAACUACAGGAGCAGGCUCGUCGUGAAGGAGAUCAAGGCGAAGAAGCGUCCGGACGAGCAGCUGGAGGCGCCCGAGGUCUUCUCGGCAAUGCCUCCUCUGGAGGCCAUGCGGUCGCUGGUCUCGCUGAUGGUCACGUGGACGCGGGAAGCACCGCUCCACAUUCAGGAGUCGCUUCGCAAGAAGGGCAGGAAGCCGGGCAACUUCAAGAUCGGCUUCUUCGACAUCAGCAGGGCGCACUUCUACGGGAAGGCGCAGCGAAGGAUCUUCGUGGAGCUGGAGGAGGAGAGUCGCAAGGAGCACGGCGAGGACAAGUGUGGCUUACUCCUCAAGUCCUGGUACGGCACGCAGGACGCCAGCAAGAUCUGGCAGGGCGACUACACGGAGCUGUUGGAGGAACACGGCUACAAGGCGGGCAUGUCAUGCCCAGCGGUCUUCUACAAGGAGGUGGACGAGACAAGGCUGCUGGGGCACGGCGACGACUUCGCGGCGCUGGCUCAGCAGCAGGACAUCGACAGCUUCGAAGCCACGUUGGGCAAGAAGUACGAGUUCAAGAAGACUGCGAACCUCGGCUUCGACGAGGGCGAUGACAAGCAGGCGGUCUUCCUGAAUCGGGUCAUCGAAGUCAGUGCGGGAGUUCCGCCUGGCGGUGGCCGUCCCUGCCGGCAUGCGAUGAUUGAGCCGGACAAGCGGCACGCAGAGAUCGUGAUCGACGAGCUGGGUCUCAGCAAGGCCAACGGCGUGGACACGCCGAUGGAGAAGCGCAGCGCCGACAAGCAGAUGAUGGACGCGAAGUCAGCGGCGCUGGGAGCGGCGGAAGCUUCGCGCUUCCGAUCCCUCACCAUGAGGGUAGCCUACCUGUCUCAGGACAGGCUGGACUUGGCAGAGGCAUCGAAGACGCUCGCCAGGUCUAUGCAGACGCCGACGGAGGCGAGUUGGCUCAUGCUCAAGAGGGUUUGCCGCUACCUCAAGCGGCAUCCCAGUACGGUGACGGUCUUCACGGAGCAGAAGAUGUUCGACAAGAUCCGGGUGUACGUGGACUCCGAUCAUGCGGGCUGUGCAGUCACUCGGAAAAGUACGGGAGGCUUCGUGGCGAUGCUGGGGCAUCACGUCGUCAAGCACGGCAGCAAUCUGCAGUCGACGGUCUCUCUGAGCAGUGGGGAGAGCGAGUACUACGCCCUGGUCAAGGGCGGGAGCGUGGGCCUGGGUCUACACAGCCUCUUCGCAGACUGGGGGCUGGACCUGAAGGUGGAGCUCGCCUCAGACUCAUCGGCGGCCCGGGGCCACGUCCAACGGCGAGGUCUCGGGAAGAUGCGACAUGUUCAGUCACGAUACCUGUGGAUCCAGGAGCGUGUAGGCAAGGGCGACCUUUCGAUCGCCGCAGUUCCUGGUAAGAACAACGUCGCGGACGUGCUGACUAAGAGCGUGGGACAUCAAGUGAAGGAGUGGAUCGAAUCCAUGCUCCGCUACCUGUGGGGCUGGAUGAGUUUCCGCCG